AUGUCAUAAAGAAGGAAGACGUUUUCCUACACAGGCUAACAACUCCCAGUUUCAAAAAAUAAAUGGAUGUUCCCCGAUGUUCCUCAGCCCAUUCCAUGCCUCCACCCCCCUCCUACACUGAAGCCAGUCAGUGUCCAGCUUAUGUGACAGGGCCGGCGACUCCUUCAACACCACCUCCCAGUUAUGGGGAAGCAGUGGGUACAUCAAAUGAACCAGUCCUGUCUCCCUUUCCUGUUCUCACUGUUCCCACUGUUCCCACUGAAAUUACAACAGUCCACCAAACACAACAAGUGUUUGUGCAACAGACAAUACACUCUUCGCCCCCCCAAGUGUUUGUGGUUUCACACCAGGAGACACGCAGGCGUCAAAGCAGGCGUCGGCUGCUUGACAGACCCACUGUGAUUAACUGCCCAUACUGCCAUCACCAUAUUACCACCACUGUGGAAUACAAACCUGGGGCGGCAGCGUGGGGCAUGUGCUGCCUCUUCACUCUUCUUGGGUUCAUCUGUGGAUGUUGUCUUAUCCCAUUUUGUGUUACAGCAUUCCAAGAUGUUCAUCACAGCUGUCCACACUGCAGUAAACACAUAGGGAUAUAUGUUCGCUAAGGAACAUGAGCAACCCAUAUGUGACGUUUGUAAAAACCUGCUGUGCCUGAUUAACAAAUACCAACAAACCUGAAUAUCAUGCUAGAUUUACUGCUGUAUUGAA